AUGAAAUUUAUUGCUCUCCUCACUGCUAUCUUAGUCUUUGCUAUCUCUGCUGCGAAUGCUGCAAAGGAACGAGUCACUCUCAAAUUCUCGCGAAUUGAUGGCGUAUACCCACCACAGUAUCAGAUUCGCACCAAAGUGGCUGAUACUAUCUACGAGAUCAUCCUGCAAACUUUCGAGCUGAACGGGUUAAUGCGCGGUACCAGAUUUUCAGACGGCACGAUUGAGUACGACAACAACGCCAUUCUAGAGGGUACAUAUGAUGCGGUCAUCAACAACAAUGAUGCCAAGAACGGUGACAAAACUCUCAGGCUCGAUCUUGUCGGACCCGUAGCCAUCCACUAUGAAGGAACAAGCAUAACCGAUGAACGGAUUUAUGAUCUAAAAGCUGAAGGGACUGUUCACCGCGAUGGGGGUGAUGACUUUGGUUAUAGCCGUCAUCGGUUCUAUCGUUACCAAGACAAAUACCCUUGCAAUCACUAA